AUGAAUAAUAAUAUUAAAGAAAAUCAUGUGUUAAUUAGAUUGGAGGAGAAUGGAUUCGUUACACCGGAUGAAAAGGCCCAAGAACUUGUUAAAGAAUUGAACGAUACGAAAUCUCUAUACGCUCUAAGGUUACUUUUUGAAGAUUUGCAAAAUGAAUUUUCGAAUCAAAUAUUAAUAAAUUCGCUAGUCGCCUUAGCCGAUCCAGUUUCAUUUAAAUUACAUUAUACAAAAGAGGGUACAUCUAGGUUGGAAUUACACUUACGCACAUGGAUAGCAAUACUAGAAAGGAUAUGUUUUUCCCAAAUAUGCCUUACCAAAGAACUUCAAAACAAAAUCUAUAAUACUUUGAAGGACUUUGUAGAAAUCCAUAGAAAGACGGCGCAUAUAGUGGGAGAAGGAAUCGAAAACAUCUUUAAAUCCGAAUUUUAUCAAUUCAAUAAACAAGAUGAAAGGAUCGUCAAAAAGCGAAAUUAUAAUAUUGACUUUUUGUUGAUUCAAUUACGAGACACGCUCCAUAGCUUGCGUGAAAAUGAAACUUGGUUUCAAGAAGUUUUACGAGGAACAAAAGAUUUACUUAAAGCUUCCUUAAAAAUUACACCGGGAAUUGUAUCAAUUGUGGCACCUUCCGCUUCGAUUCCGAAUGGUAAUGGUUCAAUUUUAUCAACGCUCACCCAACUGCGCCGAUCAUUAAGUUUUAAGUAUCCGGUAGCAUCUUAUUAUGUAGAUUGGAGGAUUAUGAUGAUCAUUAAACGUAAUUUCAUCAAAUGGUCUGAAGGUUCAGAAAAGAUUCUUAGUAAAAGGCAUGGUGAAAUGAUUUUGAUAGAAUACAUUAAGGCUUAUUUGGAAAGAGAAUGGAUUAAAGUUGCUGAUAAACCGAUCAUAGAUUCUAAAUUUGAUGAGGAAUCAAAUAGACAAAUCGAGAAGUUAAGAGAUACUGGAAGAUUUUUUAAUAAUCUUCCUGGAAAUGAAUCUCCUGCGUUACCACAUUCUCUAUGGUUUGGAUUAUUAGACCUUGUACAUAAUCUCGUUCAACAAUCAUCCAAGUCGAGUACGUAUAACCAGUGUUAUUAUUUAGCAAUUGAAUCCCUCAAUAAAGCUCCAAGCAGGUUUAUUCAAUUUAAGGCAAUUGAAAUAUUAUUGUACCUACAUGAUAUUAAUAGUGAAUUGUUUACAAUGUUAGAUAUAGAUUUAGAUCAAUACGCACGAGAGUUACGUGAGAAUAAUUUCUUAAUUAAUUCUUCCGCAAAGUUUAAAGUUUUAUUAGAAUUCAUUAAGAAAAGGUAUUUAAAGGAUGUUGAGAUUACUACUGAAGGGAAAAAAGGAAGGAGAAAUAAUUCUUAUGAUGAAAUAAGCGAUGUACCGACUGAUCAAAUAAUUCUCUUGGAAUGUCAACAUAUGAUAUCAUUAAACAAUUUGAAAGAUUUAAAACAAGCAAAGUGUCCACAAUGUCGAUUAUAUAUUGAGAAUAACAAGAUUAGACAUUUAUCACAAAAUACCAUCUAUAAAAAUGUAAGUGCGCAGUUUUCCAAGCCCGGACAUAUUUCAUCUAAUUUACCUUCCAUUGACUUUGAAGAUUCGGACGAAAGUGAUUCCGACUCGGACAAUUUAUCAGAGAUUGAAUUUGAAUUAAUCAAAGAAAAGAACCUCAUCAGAACAACGAAAUCAAAUUCAAAUACGUUAUUCCAAGCGAUAAUGCCAAAUAGAAGUUCAAAAAAACAACAUACAACAUAUCAAAAUGCUAUGAAGGAGUUGACAGGAAAGAAUUAUGAGAGAGCUAUAUAUUGGUGUAAAGAAUUUCUGAAAAAAUUUCCAAAACAUUAUUGCAUAAGAUGUAUUUUAGGGUACAUUUACAGAUGCUUGUAUAAUUAUGAACAGGCGCACGUAUAUCUCAAUGAGGCUAUCGACAUCAAACCAAAAAAUCCGAUCGCUUACUAUAUCAAUGGAGAGAUUUAUUAUAGACAAAGGAAUUAUAGUAUGGCAAUAGAGUUUAUAUUAAAAUCAAUAGAUUACAAGAUAAAGAUGAAUAAUUUAAAUAUAAUACUUGGCAGUAGUUAUAUUUUUGGAAUAAGUUAUAAGGAUUGUUAUAAUCACGCUUUAAACAAUUUUAACGUUGUCUUAAAAAAGGAUUCCAACCAUUAUUUGAGUUUAAAGAAUUGUGCUUUUAUCUAUCGAAAGCAAGAAGAUCAUCAAAAAGCUUUAGAAAUCUUAGAUAAAUUAUUAACUAUUAAUCGGAAAGAUUCUUUAAUUUUAUGUUAUUAUGGUGAAAUUUUACUAAGUUUGAAAAAGUACAAUGAGGCAAUAUCAUAUUUUACCAAAGCAAAUAAAAUUGAUCCAGAAAAUGUUCAUAAUUUAAUCAAGAGAGCCAUAACAUAUCUUAUACUUGAAAAAUACGAUGAUGCGUUGAUAGAUAUCAAUAGAAUUUUACAAUUAGACUCGUUAUAUAGUUUGGCAUAUUAUUAUAGAGGAUUAAUUUUUUAUAUAAUGGAUAACGUUAGCACUUCAAUUUUGGAUUUUAAAAAAUGUAUACAAUUAAGUCCCAAUGAUGAUUUGGCAAAGAUACAUUUAAUAUUUAUGAAAUUUAUGUUACAUUAUCGUGCUUAUAAAAAAUUAAGUCAUAAGGUUGUCAAAAUCAUCGCAAAAAUUGAUCGUUUUACUAAAAUUAACGAUCAGAUUAAAUGUUUUAUAAAAUGUAACAUAUAUAUCAAAUUGAAAAUGUAUGAUAAAGCAUUAGAAAAUUUGAAUAGAUUGUUUGACUUGAAUCGUCAAGAUAUUCAGUUCCUUUAUUUUUUACGAAGACAUUCUGGUUUCCUGAAGUAUUUAUGCAGCUAUUAUAAUCUUGAUAAUAAAUUUAUCGGUCUUGGAAUUGUUGAAAAAUUUUAUAUUUAUAUGCAUUUCGUAAUAGGAGUUUAUUUUGUAUCAAAUCUUGUCAAUAUUGAUAGUAAAUAUUUUCAUUAUAUUCAAGAAGUUAAUAACAAAAGUUUAUCAAGAAAAGUGUUACACGUUAAAAAUGAGCCGCUAAUUAUGGUUUUACCUAAUUUAUUGAAGCCUUAUUGGGGUUUUUAUAUCGUUUGGAGAAUAUGCAUUAAUGAUGUAUCGUCUAAAGAUUGUUCUUUGAAUUUUAUAAUUAAAGAUGAUGAUCAUUUGCCGCAUAAGCAUACCUUAACAUAUGAAGAUUUAUCAAAACUUAUUGGAUUGGGUUGGAUUGAAUACAGUUUGCCAUUUACAUUACAAUUUACAUGGGUGAAACCUUCAAUUGAAAUAAAACAUGGGUUUAUUGAUAUGAAAAUAGAUUAUGUUCGAUUCAUAUCUAUUGAAAGAGACCAGAAUUAUGUUCCUAGCGUACAACCAUUUUUACCACUAUAUAAAUUCCAACCAGAUGUUCCCGAAGCCUUUGAGUAUAGAUAUUUUCAAAAGAAGGAACUAGACAAUUCACUAGAAUUAAAAGACAUCCUUGAUUAUUUAUAA